AUUGUACUCCACUUUGCUUCUUUGUCCACCAUGCUGUGGCUGACAUUUACUGCUAGGAACAUCUGUAAAGAUGUGUCCAAAGACCCGCUCCGGGCCCACAAAAGGACCAAGUCGGCCCAGACUCGCACCAAACCAACUAUCCUGAGAUUUUAUCUUGUAAGUUAUGGAAUCCCUCUCAUAAUUGUUGGAGUUACUGCAGCAUUUGGUAUGGACAACUAUGGCAGCCGGGAUGACGCUUUGUAUUGCUGGAUGGCAUGGGAACCAAGCUUGGGGGGUUUCUAUGCCCCUGUGAGUUUCCUGGUCUUAGUGGUGUGUGUGUACUUACUGUGCUCAUAUAUCCAGCUCAAACGGCACCCAGAGAAGAAGUAUGAGCUGCGCCUCCUGAGUGAGGAGCAGCAACAGCUGUCAAACCACCACUGCCAUACCGACACUGGGGGGGUCUCUGCGGGGGAUUUUCCACCAUUUGCAACAGGCGUGUCGGUGUUGGCCAAUGAGCACUCGUUUAAAUCUCAGCUGCGGGCCACAGCCUUCACCAUCUUCCUGUUCCUGUCCACCUGGGCUUUAGGAGCGUUAGCAGUAUCACUUGGACAUUUUCUGGAUAUGAUAUUCAGCUGUCUGUAUGGAGCUUUUUGUGUCACUCUGGGACUCUUCCUUCUGAUUCAGCACUGUGCUAAACGUGAUGAUGUGUGGCACCGCUGGUGGGCAUGUUGCCCGUCCAAGUCCAAGUCUGAGGACAGGAAUGGGAACAGACAGAAUCAGAGGCAGGAGCUCCAUCAGCCUCACUGCCACCUGAGCGCUCCAUACUCCGGCAAGCAGCCUCUACUCUCUCCUUAUAUUGUGCCCAGUUCCUACCACACACCACCUUCACAUAGUCCCCCAACCAAUGACACGGGUCCGUGCUGCGUGGCUGUCAUGAGUCCUGUUACUGCCCCCCUCUCACCUCUCCCUGAGCAGUUGCCCUCCCCUCGUCCACAAACGCUCUCUGGGGAGCUCCCCCGCCCCACCCUGCCUCUUCAGAGCUGCCUUAACGACAGGACAAAAUCCCGCUCCUUCAACCGUCCACGUCCAUGCCUUCAGGACUACCGCUCUCACCUGACUUCCACCAGCAUGGAUGGGAGUGUGCACAGCCCCCACCUGGACAGCCCUCACGCACCACACCACCUCGCUGGAUCGCCAUUGGUUUGCCAAAGCCCCCACCCUGACCUGCAGCUGCCCUGCCCCAGCCCUCUCUUGGAUAAGCAGCUGGCUUCCUGCCAAAGCUUGUUACGCCAAAACUCCUGCCACAGCGUACAAGACUCAAUAGCUUCCUGUCACAGCCAUGUACACAACAUGCAUGAUAGCAUUACUUCCUGUCACAGCCUCCUCAUGCCUUCUCACGGGGUGCACACCUGCCAGUGGCACAUGUACAAAUCAGCGGAUCACUCUUCUACUACAAGCUGCUGUGAGAAGCCUGAUCCCUUCACCUUACAAUAUCAGCAAGACCCCGACACAUACAGCAGUGUGUCAAAGACAAGAGAUAAAGAAAAGGAUAAUCUCUGCGUAGAGGAACAGGGUUUCCCAAGAAACACUCUGCCUCGGCACGGCACUAUGGGCCGGCGAGGAACCAUCGGCAGGAACAGGAGCCUGCAGGAAGAAGGACUGUUUGGUUCGGACGGACCAGGCACCAUACGGACUGGCCCUUGGAAGAAUGAAACCACUGUAUAGUCUUCUUAUACUUGCAAUUUGCUCAGUUUCUGGCAUCUGAUCGCGCUUAUCCAUAUGACAAAGUAUAAAUGUUGCCUUUUCUCCUAGAACAUGGUAGGCAGAACAAUGGCAGAACAAAAAGAAAAAAGUACUCUUAGGCUUCUAUCUUCUUGUCCCAACUGACAAGGCUUUCCUUGUAACUUCAGGAAAGGAAUUUAAACGUGACAGAGAUAAAUAAUAUUUUGCUUAUCCUUUGCAUGGAUGGGGGCAAUUUCUUUUGAAAACAGCACAGGAGCAUGGUAAUCUGUUAUUUAUACAGAUUUAGCAGUCACAUAAUCUGUGCAAACCUUUUGUGAAUUUACCCCUCAGUGUCUUCCAGUCAUAGGUAUUACUUCAACAUUUUAUUUGUAAUUUUCUAUUAUGAUUUAAAAAAUACAGUAAUAUUCUUUAGUCAUACUUAACACUCACAAGCUCAUCAACCAGAACGGAAAGCUGCUGUGUUCACUGCGGUUUUGGAGAAACUACCUUACUAUGCCGACGCAUUUGGAAUAGUUUCAUCAGCCAUUGAGGACUAUUAACUAUAAUGAACAUAAACAUCUGCAACCCCCCGCUAAUAUACAGUGUUAUGCAAACAUUCAGUCAAAUGUCACUGAUUGCACCUUUAAAUACUUGUAUUGAUACUUUUGAAGAUAUUUUAAAUGUGAGUGGUUACACGUGAAAACACUUUUGAGUCAGUCUGAGCAUGUGUGUGUUUUUUAUGUGUGCAACAGUGAAUGAACAGGUACAUACAACUGUGGUGUGUUUUUGUGCUAUAUGUAUUUAUUAUUAUGGAAUCACCCUUGAAGAAUUUUAAAUUAAUUAAUAAUGAUAAAGAUUAAUAUAUGAAGCCUAUGAAGAUUUCUAUGGAGACACUUUACGUAUGCUGCCAAACAGUAAACUAGACUCUUAUCUGACAAAUGUUGAAUUAGUAUAUACAAUAGUAAUUCACCCGGUGAGAUAAUAAUUCCAAAAAUACUGCAAUGUGCUACAAAGCACACACUUUUUAUAGUGCCAAAAUGAUGUGCCAGCUUUCACUGUGACGAGAAAAUACACACUACUCAUUCUCAAUGAGUGUUGAGAGGUCAUACAGUUUGAAGCAUCAUACAAACUUGAACUCAGGUUUUAGAAGAUCAUCAGCAGCCAUAAGUUGUUCCAGAAACUUCCAUGCUUCCUCCAGAGAGGUUUUAGCACUUUACACGUCAUUAACAGCGUAGCUAGGCUCUGUUUCUGUUCUCACACAGUGACUGACCUAAGUUACUUUGGAAAUCUAGCCUUCCAGACUAGCCUAGUUCAGGUAAGGCUAAUUUGCAGGCCCACCUCAGCCUGAAAAAUAUGUGAGAUGAUGGCUGUGUGUAGAGCUUUAUGGGGCUAGCUAGGUAGCAUUAGCUUAGCCUAGCAUACAUUUGUACCAUGUGACUUACCAUUAAAACACAUACAAAUUAGACAAACCAGAUAAAGUGUGUUAAGUAUUGAGCCUUAGAGGUGCUGGAAGGUGUGUUUUUGGACUUUGGACAGAACAAGGCUAACUGUUAGCGCCUGCUCUCCUGCUUCUUGCUAAACUAAGCUAAUCACCCACCGGCUCCACACUUAAAGGCACAUACAUGAGUUACGAUAUUCUUAUUGGUUUUCAGAUAUAAAGUUAUGUUCAUAAAAAAAAGAUUAAAUCCCGAUCCUGUUAGUGUGAGGUCAUUACUAAUAAUGACAAUAUCAUCUUAAUUAUUAACUUUUUCUAUAGUUUUUAAUCCCAUAUUAUGACCUUCACUA